ACAAGGGAAAUAUCAGUCAUCUCGGUUAUAUCGAUGUCUAAUUUAUACUUUUGUCUUGUUUCUUUCUUACAAACACAAAAGCCAGAGAGCUUUGGUCUUACAACUACGAUAUUACCCGGAAACUUUGUUCUGACAUGCAUUCGGAGAUGCGAGUCAUUUUCCCUAGUUUUCUCAGUUGUUGUUUUGUCUUGAACCUUGGCAUUACUCUUAUGUUAUUCUUUUAUUACUUUUGCUUUGUCUUCUGCGUGUGGUUUUUAUAUCGUAGGUUCCCUGUUGAGGUUCCAUAUCCUCGUCGAAUUUGUGUUUGUGGGGUGGUUUACCUGCCUUUUGGGAUUGCAGAUCUGCAGGCACCAUGGACUUGGAGUACGUGAGGUUUGGGCUCUUAUUUGUUUCAGUGUUGGGUGCUAUCUGGGCUUGUGAUGCUGGACGACUAGGGAACCCUGCGUUGUAUAGUGGGAAUGGAAGGAUCGUCUCUGAGAAUGAGAUUACUGCUAUGGAGAUCGACCACCAGGAUGAAGAAUUCAAAGUUCCAGUUUUGGAACAUGUUUCGAGGAACCAAAAAGGGUGCACAUUGUGUGAGGAGUAUAUGACCCAGACACUUGAUUACCUCGGUGAAAACAAGACCCAGACUAUGGUCGUCGACAUCCUCCACGAUGGCUGCUCCCGGGCACGCUCUUUGAGACAGGAGUGUAUCACUUUGGUGGACCAUUUUGUUCCUCUGUUCUUCUUAGAUGUAUCCACUGUACAACCUGAUGAAUUCUGCAGAGGAUACCGUCUUUGUCAAGAAUUUGAAAUGGCUUCUUCUCGAAUUGACGAAAUUAGAGAAGGGCUUUGCCAACGCUCUGUUUCAGCCGUGCUUUCUGAGUUGAAAGAUCCUGAAUCUCAGCAUCAAAUCCUCGGGUCGCUUUUUAAGGCAUGUAAGAUCUCUAAUUCUGUGGAGUACCAUAGAGUAAAGUGCAAGAGGAUGGUUUUGAUGUAUGGGCCUCAGCUCCUAGCCGAUGCAGUGAAAUUUCUGGAAACAUCAGACGUGUGCUCCACCCUUGAUGCCUGCAAAUUUACAGCAAGUAGCAUGGAAGCAUCUUUGCUGCCUUAUUCGCCAAUCCCCAUCAAGAACAAUUACGUGAUCAGGCCCUCAUACUUUGAUUCUAAAGCAAGUUUUUAGCCAUAUGGCGGCAAAAAAUCAAGUGGAAUAAAAUUGCCCAUGUGGACUUGAUAUUUGUACUUUCAUUUCGAGCUGUGUGUGUGUAUGUAUAAUACUAUUA